AAGUUGUCGUGUUGGUGCUCAGUCCGUCUUACAGCUGAGCCACCUGCUGUCCAGAAGACCCAGCCGCUGCACCACAAUUCACAGUCUGUAUCACCCGAUCCCCCGACUGAGCGUUCUUCGCCCAUUUCUUUUUUAGCAUCCUCAUCAGCACCUUCCCCUCCAUCUUCACGUUCUCCGAGUGCUGUUAUGGCACCGCGGUCCUUUCAUGGAUCGUCGCGUCUAUCAACGCCUGCCUCCGAUGGCACAUUCCAACAUUCAUCAUCUCUACCGCCGUCGAUAUCCCCUUCUGCCUCCCCUUUACCGGAAAUUGCGACGUCCCCGACUCUCCGGCCAAGUCCGCCACGAAUCCCAUACGUAAUGAAGGGGAAAGAGAAAAUGCCAGAUUUCCGCGCUAUCUCAUCCAGCCUCCGAGCAGCAGGAAAGUUGCAUGGCCCGCCUGUCUUGGACGAGGUUCUCCAGCACCGAGACGAGAGGUCAGAAUCAGACGGAGAGACAACGCCGCGCCCCUCGGUGACCAGCAUGUCGGAAGGGCGCGACACGCACGACAUAGACGAUGUGUAUGCCACGCCUCCUCCCGAUUCUACGCGUUCGCGCAGUCGGUACGACACGCACGAUAUCGACGACAUGUAUGCGACUGCCGAGCCGGAACAACGCAGGCAUCGCGCAGACACGCAUGACAUCGAGGACAUGUAUGCCGUACCUGCGCCGGUACGCGCUCCGGUUCGGUACGACACCCACAAUAUCGACGACAUGUAUGCAACGCCCCCACCUGCACCCAUUCCUCCUACUGCGGCUUCUCGCCGAGUUGUGGACUCGAGAAACGAGGGUCGCCUCUCACAACGUUCAUCUGAACAAGAGAAGCCAGGGCUACGUCUGGUCUUUGAUUGGCAGGACGAACGAUAUCCGAGAGGAAAAGGUGACGAGAUCUUCACGAUGCUGGAAGAUCGGAAGAAGCGGAUUGAGUUGCGCAAGGGAGGCGCUGAGACGAGAAAGCCAAGGAAACUAGGUGUAACGCAACGGCUUGGGAAGAAGGAUAGACAACGAAAGGAAGGUGAAGUUCUGAGCUUCUAUGUCGCUUUCUAAUUUGCCAGUGCCAAGCCAUGGUGCCUACUAAAUUCCCAUGGCAAUCGAGGGUCAUCGAUCCGGCUUUCAUCUCAUUGUUGUAUUAAUGCAUGCUUCCGAAUAAGCACUAUGUUUCAAGCAUUUAUAAUGUGGGGUAGGCAC